GCCGUUGUUUUAGAAUCUUUUAAACGUGAUAUUCGUCAUCAGGAGCUCAAGUUGUACUAGUCCUGUUACUCUCGAACAAUCCGGAUAAAGUCGAUGUAAAUGUGGUACACUCUCGAAAGAAUCACCCAUAUCCAUUCCAGAUAAAAUACGACGUCGUAAUCCUUUUCCACGGUAGACGUCAUCGUAUUUCGUUGUAAACAACUCGUAUUUUGACGUAUACUACAGUAUCCAUCAUCAUAAACUGUAGUAUACGGCCAUUUACCGCUGUAGUAAUAUUGUCCUGGGUAAACCGGUUAAAAAUCUGUAGAUGUCACUCCAUACCGAUGCUAGGGAUGACUGCCAGCCGUUGAAUAGCUUUAUGAAACUAUUCAACGACUGUCAAUCAUGAAUUGAGUUUUAAGUUUUUUUAAUAAUCUUAUAAUUAAAUUUGAUUUUUCUCCAAAUUUUUCCGUUACACUGAAAAAAGUAUGACACUCAGUACCCACCCCAUUUGGCAGCUAAAGACGAGUUUUGCCAGCAAACAUUUUUCUCCAUCGUGGUUCGUUGAGUCACAAUCUGUCACAAGAUUCUUAAAAAAUACUACUGUCCGUCCCAAAAUAUAGGACCAGUAGUUGUUUUCUGAAUAACUCAAAGACGACUUGGGGUUUUCGGUAGUUGAAAGAGGACAAUUUACCCUAUAUUUUCAUAGGCAAAAACGUUUUCUGAACAAAUUUCUGGAAUCGGUUUUUCAGAGGGUCUCUGGAAAACUAGUUUCCAGGUCAAAAAUUUUAUAUAGCAAACAAUCGAUUUUUUUUUCAUGGAUAGAUAGUCCAACGUGUCUUCUACAAAAUAAGAUCUAAACAAAGGGUUCACUUUGAUUGGUUUAGGAGCUUUGGACAUUUUUUCCGAAGCCCUGGGACUACUCUAUUCUUCGUUCUGCGACCUUCUGAAAUUAUGAAAACAUAGGUUAUUGAAUAUGCUGAAUCUCGUGCAAUGUUAAUUUUCAGAAGAAAGUGCAAGACCGAAUUGAAAACUUGUACUAGGUGAAAUAACCCAUUUUUGGCUAUUUUCAUCAAAAACUAAAAAGUUCAUAACUAAGUCAAAAUCCUAUUCUUUUGAAAAGCACAUAUACAGUUUUGUAGCGCUUGAAAAGCCAAUUCGAAUGAUGUACCAUGUGAUUAUUAUUAUUUUCGAAGAACUGUUGAUUUACAAAUAAAAAUGUAAAUCGCUGAACUGUCCGUAAUCAGCGUUAAUUAGGAUUAAUUAAUGAUUAAUCUAUAUCCCAGCAUAGAUUUUUCUGAAAUAUCUUAAAUGCGAUCAUAACUAAAAAUGAUUCUCGAUCAAAGUACACUAGAAUCACGUUUGUAUAAUUAGUUUUGAUUGAAUAGUUAAGUUUUUAAAAAUAGAUCCAGCAAUUAAAUCUUUUGCUAAAAUUUUAUCUUAAUUAAUUUAUAACUCCCUGAAUACUUAUUGGCUCUCGGAAAACAUAUGCAGUCAAGUAUUCUCUACAAUCUGGAAAGUUUAAUAGUAUCUUUUGUGGGGUUCAGCCUCCCCUGUAAUCUGGUUUGUAAACUAUAGACAAACAUGUGUAGAUUAUAUUUUUGCACAAAAAAUGAACUUUCUUGAUAAAAAACAAAUUUUGAGAUUACAAUUGAAACUGCUACUCGUAAUUCGAUGGUAAUUUUUAUAAUUUUUGCUGAAAAGUUUUGUUAUUUAAGUUUUAUUAUUUAGUUUUAAUUAAGAUUACUUUUCUUUUUAGAUAGUCGAGCUAAAACAACUUCAGCCUCGUCUACCAUCUCAUCAACAACAACACAACGUAAAACAUCAACUGGUUCGAGUGUAAAUGGGGCAAGUUCUGCUGCUAAUACGACAAAAACGACAUCAACACCACAACGAAAAACAUCGACAGGUGAACAAUUUGCAGACGAUCAAAGUCUUCAAAUGAGUUUAAACGAUCAAGUAAAGCAAGAAAGCACAAGUCAACGAAAAGCAUCAGAAAGCGAUGAUAUACCAUCUACUAGUCAACAACGUAAAACAUCAAGAAAUGAAACAACCACUGUAGAACAACGACAAGCUCCAUCUAAUAAUAAUAAUAAUAAUAAUAAUAAUCAUGGCACAAGUUUAUCAUCGAAUCAAACACAACGAAAACUAUCAACUACAAAUGAUGAGCAAAAACCUCCACGUAAGACAAGUAAUACUGGGAAUAUUUCAGUGGGCAAUAUUGAGUCCGUUCACAAAUCCGAUUUAGUAUCAGGUAGUAAAGAUAGCAUUGUUCGUAGUAAAGAUCAACGAGUGCAUGCUAUUACCACAACACCGCCUGUCACCAUUGACGAUGGAAAGGUUAUUACAAAAACGAUGACAACGUCUCAAGCAUCAAUCACAACAGCAGCAACUCAUAGCGGACGACACCUUACGCAAAAUGUAAAAGAAACAAUACCAACGACUUCAACAACAAUUACAACUCGAGAAAACGAACAGUAUUCAUCGAAACAAGUUGGAAAAGCCACAAGUAUUACCGGUGCUCACCAUCCUGGAUCAGUCUCAUCAACAGCAUCCAUCUCGUCUAUUCACGCAACUAAAUCGUCGCUACCACAAACAAUAAAUACGUCUGUAACAACCACAACAAAACAACAUCAACAUACGGUAAAAACGACAGCGAGACAACCAGUUAUAUCCACAUGGUUUUUCAAAUCCCUUGUACAUAAUACAACUAUUGUUAUCGAUAAAGGAUGCUGGAAAGCCUAUGAGAGUUCAAUAAUGAGCUCAGAUGAUGUAUUAUGGCCACGAUGGAAAUUACUUUUAUUGGUGCUAUCAGCCUAUUCCAUGUAUUCAUUAUCCAUUAUACUUGGAUUAUUAGGCCAUUUUAUCUACUUCCUCGCUACCCGUCUGACACGUUUUGGACAAAAUCGUAAAAUUGAAUGGAAUCAAGAAGAAAGUGAUGGUACUCACGAAAAGCCCUACUAUGUGAUUGUUAUUGGCGGUGGAUUUAGUGGACUGGGAUUGGCAAUAAAACUAAAAAAGUUAAAUGUUGAUAAUUACGUUAUAUUUGAAAGACGAGGAAAUGUCGGUGGAACAUGGCAUGAUAAUAAAUAUCCCGGUUGUGCAUGCGAUGUACCAUCAAAUUUGUAUUCAUUUUCAUUUGAACCCUAUCCGAAAUGGAGCCAUUUUUUUGGUCGUCAAAAUGAAAUUUGGAAAUAUUUGGAAUAUAUCACUGACAAACAUAAUUUAAGACAAAAAAUACAAUUUAAUACAAAAGUAACACGAGCUCAAUGGCUAGAUGAUGAAAAUCAAUGGAAAGUAACAAUUAAUAAUGGGCGAAGUGUCUAUAGUCGAUAUUUAGUUAGUGCUCAUGGUCCACUGUCAGAUGCUCAAUUUCCCACAAAUAUCGCUGGUAUUGAUCAGUUCAAAGGUGGCAUGUUUCAUUCAGCUGAAUGGGACACAGCAUACGAUUUCAAAGACAAACGUGUUGCUGUUGUUGGUACUGGUGCGAGUUCUAUACAACUAGUGCCAGAAAUUCAAAAAGAAGUAAAACAAUUGUAUAUCUUUCAACGCACACCACCAUGGAUAGUACCUCGAGCAGAUCGAAAAGUGACCGACACUGAAAAGAAACUAUUUGAACGUUUUCCACUGCUACAAAAAGUAAUGCGUGCCUUUGUCUAUUGGGCGAGAGAAGCAACAAUCGUGUCGUUCGCCUAUCGAUUGCCAACUAAAUACAUUAAUCAACAAUUAGUUAAAUAUUUUCUAUUUAAACAAGUCAAAGAUCCUGAAUUAAGACAAAAAUUAACACCAACGUGGGAAUUAGGUUGUAAACGAGUAUUAUUAAGUAAUGAUUGGUAUCCAACAUUGCAGAAACCAAAUGUAACAUUAGUUACUAGUGGAAUAAAACAAGUCAAUGAACAUUCAAUAUCAACCUAUGAUGGCAACGACUACGAAGUGGAUACAAUUAUCUGGAGUACAGGUUUUCAAGUUCAAGAAUUUCCGAUUGAUAUUCGUGGUCUCAACGACAUCUCAAUUUAUGAUCAAUGGAAAGAUACGAUGCAAGCGUACAAAGGUAUUACCAUACCAAAUUUUCCCAAUUUAUUUUUUCUCUUAGGGCCAAAUACAGGUUUAGCUCAUAAUUCCGUGUUAUUUAUGAUCGAAAGUCAAUUGACGUAUAUUAUCGAAACGAUGAUAUAUAUGCAGCAAAAUCAUUUAAAGAAAUUUUUAAUUAAACAACAGGCAUUCAAACAGUACAAUGAUCGUUUACAAGCAAAAUUAAAAAAAUCGGUAUGGCAAUCAGGAGGAUGUAAGUCGUGGUAUCAAGAUAAAAUGGGUAAUAACACAACACUCUGGCCAGAUUUUACAUGGUCCUAUAAGCUUAUUACGCAGCAUUUUGAUCAUGACAAAUAUGACUUGUUUUCCAUUAAUGAUAAUAAAAAAGCUAAUUGA